UUGAAGUUGUUAUUGUAAUUGCUUCCAUCUUCUUCUAUGGGUACUUCUCGUAUUAUUCUUUUUGAUCUAUUAACUCUAUCCACUGAUACAUUAUUUGGAUCUUGAUAUUGUUGCCAGUCUUCGAUUUGAUUCAAUCGAGACAUAGAGAUAUUCUCUAUAUGUAUUAUAUUAAAUAGUAUAGGAGCAUUUAUUGUCAGUUCGGUAUUGGGUUUGGAAUAAUCAUUGGGAUUGAAUGACUGCAAUGAUCCUGUCGUAUAGUCCAUGUUUGGUUAGGGUUAUCUAAAGUAUCAAGAGAAGUAUUUCAAAGAUAUCACCAGAAAAAAAAUUGAAAUUUAAAAAAUCUCCGUAUUAAACAAUUUUCAAUUGCGAAUUAUAAUUUGGCUGUUAUGACAUUCUUUGGCAGUCAUGUCAUUAUUUAUAGAAGAUGAUAAUGACAAUCAGGGUCUUACAAGAGAAGAAGGUAGUGGUACUUCUGAAUUGUUUGAGAAUGAAUCUAGACCAGUCAUAGAUCGAGAAGAAGGAGCAAUUCCUGUUACAUUCAAAGACCCCGAAAUCAUACCCAUUUAUCCAUCAAGAGAGGUACGAAGUUCAUUAACGUUAAAAUAUCAUCAAGAAAUCGUGGAAGACAUGUUGGUACGAGAUGGUUUAUUGAUAUUGGGUAGAGGACUAGGGUAUGAGUUAAUAACUGCAAACGUUUUACACGCGUUAUGUUCACCCUUUGUGAGUCUACAGAAUGGUUCAAAUAAAGAAGUGGAGAAAAGAGCAUUAAUAUUCGUAUUGAAUUCAAGAGAUGAAGAAUUGACGAGAUUGCGGGAAGAAAUAACGGAAUUACAAUGGUUGGAUGACGAAAAUGAUAUACCGUUUGAAGUGAUAACUGGUGAAUCUCAAACUGCUAGAAAGAAUUUAUAUUUAAAUGGAGGUAUAAUCUCUGUAUCUUCAAGAGUUUUGGUGGUAGAUAUAUUAUCAGGUAUAAUAUCUCCCAAUGAUGUGACUGGCUUAUUUGUGCUUCAUGCUGAAAGAAUAAGAGAAACUUCAAAUGAUGCUUUUAUUAUUAGUUUAUAUCGAGAUCAAAAUGAUUGGGGAUUUAUCAAAGCCAUAACUGAUGAACCAGAAUCAUUUGGCGGAUUCACACCUUUAGAAUCAAAAUUAAGGAUCUUGCGUGUUUCUAAUGCUUUCUUAUGGCCAAGAUUCCAUUUAGAUAUUAUAACAUCUCUUACUGAAAAAGGUAAGAAAAAUCUAGCAUUAAAAAUUGUUACUGAAAUUCAUGCUAAACCAACUUAUAAAAUGAAUAAAAUCCAAUCAGCCAUACUAUCAUGCAUACAAGCUUGUUUAUAUGAAUUAAAGAGACAUGUAUCAUCAUUAGUUACAGAGUACUGGGAUAUGGAAAAUGUGCAUGACCCUGACUUCGUAAGAAUUAUCAGAGGUUCAAUGGAAGCACAAUGGCAUAGAUUAACUUAUACUGCCAAACAACUUAUAUUUGACAUAACAACUUUAACUGAAUUAUUAACCGAUUUAGUACAUCUUGAUGCUGUUAGUUUUCAUCAAGUAGUCGAUGGGAUAGUGUCGCUGAAUAUGCAAUUGAUUAAAAAUUCAGGAAUGCAUGUAAGUGUAAGUCCAUGGUUAAGUUUACAAGAAUCAAGUACAAUUAUAAGUUAUGCAAAGGAACGAGCUUUGCUUGAUAAAGGAGAUGGAAAGUAUGAAUCUGAAGAGUUACCCAAAUGGCACGAACUUGGUUUAUUAAUUGACGAUAUAGUCCACGAGAAAUCAUUACAUCCUAGUCAAGGACCAAUAUUAAUAAUGUGUACCAGCAGCAAGACAGUACGGCAGUUAAGUCGAUUGCUCGAAGUAAUGCAAGAACAUAAAGAUCAUUUUGGAAGAAAAAGAUUUACUUUUAAGAAAUACAUGCUUCAAAAGAUACGAGAGCUUCCGAACUGGACAAGACUUACCGAAAAAGUGAAGCAACUAAAUGAUGAAUUUAGUGAACAACUGCAAGAGCAAGCACAAGAACAACAGACCGAGGAAGUAGCUACUUCGAAGAGUUUUUCAAGAAAUGGCCAACCUUCAAGUAAGAGAAGAAGAACAAGAGGUGCAUCAGCAACUGCUAGAGUUGAAAAGUUGUACUCGGGAGAUCCAAGCAAGCCUAUUAACGUUGAUGAGGAAAUGCUAGAGAAGUUAGAAGAUGGUGUCACAAGUUCAGAAGAAAGUGAAGAUGAAGACUUUGAACGGAUUGAAGGGGAAGAAGUUCCCGAUAUAUCAAUGUUUGGUGGAGAAUCACUCUUCAAUCCUGAAGAGCUUGUGUUUGAAUCGAUUUCUAAAAGUGAUGAAAUCAUAAUACAAUCGUAUAACGAUCAUCUAAGCGAUCCUCUACUUCAAGAACUUUCACCAUCUCAUAUCAUCAUGUAUGAACCUAAUGUUCCAUUCAUUCGUAGAGUAGAGAGUUAUCAAGCCAUAAAUAAGGAUAAUCCAGCCAAAGCAUAUUUAAUGUUUUAUAAAGGUUCAGUGGAAGAACAUAAAUUUCUUUUAAGAAUCAAAAAAGAAAAAGAUGCAUUUACUAGAUUAAUUCGAGAGAAGGCCAAUUUAAGUAAUCGAUUUGAAACUGCUCAAGAUAAUAGUAGAUUACAAAUCAAUAGAAAUAGAGUUAUCAAUACUAGAAUUGCUGGAGGUGCCAAUUUUCGAACUGAAAAUGAUGAAUUUCGAGUGGUGGUUGAUGUUAGAGAAUUCAGAUCUUCAUUACCAAACUUGUUAUAUCGAGCUGGUGUAACUGUUGUACCAUGUAUGAUAACAGUGGGUGAUUAUAUUGUAUCGCCAAAGAUUUGUGUAGAAAGAAAAUCGAUUCCUGAUCUUGUGUCAAGUUUUAAGAGUGGUAGAUUAUAUCAUCAAUGUGAACAAAUGUUUAGAUAUUAUGAAUUACCUACCCUUUUAAUUGAAUUUGAUGAAAGUAAAUCAUUUUCCUUAGAACCAUUUUCAGUUUCAAGAUUUCAAAAGGUAAAUCCCACCAAUCCUAAUGUGAAUCUACUUGUACAACAAAAUAUUCAAAGUAAGAUUCUUCUGUUGUUAAUUGCCUUCCCCAAAUUAAAAAUCAUUUGGUCUUCAUCACCUUAUGAAACAGCCCAAAUCUUUCUUAAAUUAAAAGCAAAUCAAGAAGAGCCUGAUAUUGGAAUGGCAAUGGAUAAAGGAGUUAAUAAAGAAGUCAUAACGGAAGAUGGAGGACCACCCGUCUUUAAUGAAGAUCCCAUUGAUUUCAUUCAAAACAUUCCAGGAAUCAAUAGUCUUAAUUAUCACCUAAUCAUUCAAAAAGUUAAAAGUAUUGAAGAAAUGGUGAAAUUAAGUCGAGAACAAUUUAUUCGAUUAUUAGGAGAGGAGAAUGGGAAGAAGGCGUAUAAUUUCAUAAAUCAUAAAAUAAGAUGAAAUUAUUAAAAUCAGCCAGGACUUUAUUUUGUAAACAGAUGAUGGUUGCUAAGUAGUUUUUAUAUGAUAAGUAGAUAGUUGCAGUUUGCAAUUUGAUUUUUGUAAAUAGAGUUAAUUUAUGACGUGGGAGAGAACUUUCCUAAUUGGGCUAUGCGGCGGGAUGAUCCAUUUUUGGGUUUGUUUACAAAUUGCGAAAAUG